AUGGCCAAACGGGUCCUUAUUUUUUGAACCUCCUCAGUAGGGAAAAUCCUGAAUCCGCCGUUAAGUCAUACUAUAGGGUGUUUAGCGUAAUUUACUCAAAAAUUAAUUUGUUUUUGAUCUUCAAAUUCUAUAUUUCGCCACUUAAUAAAGCGCGCAUUUUAAAAUAAUUCCAAAUCUUAUACAUGGCGGCUCCCUAGUCUGUUAAGUGUUAGCCGUAUUUAUUCAACUGCCACAAUAGCAACAAAAAUGCGCCGCAUGAACCAAAAGCUAACCUGCAAUAAACCCACUGACAAAUACUCGCUUAUGAAACUGAUUGAUUCUUCUAUCUCUUCAAAUUGGUUUGCUAAUACUGCUCUUCUAUUCCAUGACUACUCUCAUUUCGUUGAUUGUAAUUUAUGUAAUACACUUAUUAAACGCUAUGCGGAUUCAAAAUGUCACUCGCGUUCAAUUUUUAUUUACACCCAAAUGCGUAAACUCAAUAUCCUUCCUGAUUGCUCAACAUUCCCUAGCCUUCUCAAAUCAGUUGCUCAGUUAUGUUACGGAGAAGUUGGAAAAUCCAUACAUUGUAAUGCAAUUCAGUUGGGUUUCACUUGUGAUGUUUAUACAAACACUGCACUUGUCUACAUGUAUGGGAUUUGUCAACAACCCGAUGAUGCACGCCAGCUGUUCGAUGAAAUUCCUGAGAGAAAUGUGGUUACGUGGAAUGCGUUGAUAACGAGUUAUACGCAUAAUAGGAGGUUUAGGGAAGCAAUUGAUGUGUUUAGGGAAAUGUUAGCUUGUGGGGUUAAACCAGGUGAGGUUACUAUGGUUGGCGUUUUAUCGGCUUGCUCUCAUUUAGGAGCUUUGAAUCAAGGGCGGUGGAUCCAUGAUUAUAUUGUGAGGAAUCGGUUGAGAAUGAAUGUAUACGUUGGUACUGCGUUGAUCGAUAUGUAUGCUAAAUGUGGAGAUAUUGAUGAGGCGAAAAAGGUGUUUGAGAGUAUGGGAGUUAGAAAUGUUUAUACAUGGAAUGUAUUGAUUUCGGCGUAUGCAAUGAAUGGACAAGGCGAGGCUGCAUUGGAGGCUUUUGAUAGGAUGGUUGUUGAAGACUUUAAGCCUGAUGAUGUUAGUUUCGUGGGUGUUUUGUGCGCUUGUUGUCACCAAGGUUUUGUUGAGGAAGGUAGAAGGCGGUUCUCAAGCAUGAUAAAUCAGUUUGGAUUGCAGCCGAAGAUCAUGCAUUAUGGUUGUAUGAUUGAUCUACUUGGACGUGGUGGAUUCCUGGAUGAAGCUAUGGAAAUGAUUCAUUCUAUGAAACUAAAGCCAGACGCAAUAAUAUGGAGGAUACUACUUGGUGCCUGUAGAUUUCAUGGAAGAGAAGAACUUGGUGAAUUUUCUUUCCGUAAGCUUCUGGAACUGGAACCGAUGAACGGGGAGAACUACGUGUUAAUAUCAAAUGUUCACACUCAAAGAAAGAAAUGGACUGAAGUUGGAGAUGUUAGGGAACUGAUGGACAGCGGCGGAAUCAAAAAGAUUCCUGGAUGCAGUUCAAUUGAAAUUGAAAAUGAAGUAUAUGAGUUUAAGGCAUCUGAUCCACUUAAAACAGGGCAUGAGGAAAUCCAUAAGAUGCUGGAAGACAUGAAAAAUGAGUUGAAAUUAGCUGGUUAUGUGCCUGAAACAGAGAUGGCUCUGUAUGAUAUUAGUGAAGAGGAAAAGGAGCAUAAUCUGAUAUACCACAGUGAAAAGCUUGCUCUUGCAUAUGGGCUGCUAUAUUCAUCUGAACCUACAUUAAGGAUAAUGAAGAAUUUAAGGAUUUGUCAGGACUGCCACCAAUUCUUUAAGCUUGCUUCAGCUAUUUAUAAAAGGAAUAUUGUUGUUAGAGAUAUAAAGCGCUUCCAUCAUUUCACUGGAGGUCUUUGCUCAUGCAAAGAUUAUUGGUGAUUACCUAGUAUAUUAUUGAUGUUAUGUCUUCUGACACAUUAGGGGCAAUUACAAGUUACAGCACAGAGACCGGCUAAUGUUCACUGAGGAUGUUGUGUCUCAUUUAUAUAAUUAAAACUGUCAGCUUUAGUUUUUGAGCUUCAGAAAAUGAAGUGAACUGAGAGGUCGCAGAAUCUGCCAUCGGAUUUGGGUAGUUAUUUCCUCUUUUGAUGGAUGGAUAACUGGAGAUAUUUUAGUCUUUUCCUGAUAUAUCGGACAUAGCCUAGCACAACAUGGAUAAAAUUCAGAUACGAUUGGUGUUUGAUACCGCUGCUCACCAUGUGUUCCUUCGUGUCUUUCACGUAAUGAAGCAGUAAGCCCAAGAAUGUUGCGAAUUUCACAAAAUAAUACUGGAAUGUGUGCUUUGAAGGCUCUCAAGUUUGUCUGAGAUUACUCGUGUUUUGUGCUGACUGUUUGCCUUGUCUAUGAUCUUAGGUGAGACACAUCUUGGCAUGUCUGCUAUGUUUGCACUCUCAGAACAAUGCUAUAAGAAGAAGUUCACCUUCUCGACAACAAUGACGGUGACACAGUAUCUGAAUCUUUGCUGAAAAAUGCAUAUGCCAAAGGUACAUUGCAUUCUACCCUAAUUUUUACACAUUGUUAUUGCUUCUUUUAGUAGGAUCUUCAGUAACAACUCUUGUAUGACUAUUGAGGCAGAAUAUGUUAUUGCCAUAACAAAUACAUUGCUUGUUGACCUCUUCUUGGGCUAGCUUUGGCAGCCAGGUUUUGUUAGCCCAUAAAUCUGGCCGUGCCUUUUAUACCUGAAAAUAAUUAGCUUUCA